AUGUGGGUAAUUAGGGGCGUUCAUAUAGAGCCUGCUCACAUUGUGAAGAAACGCAGCAUCGAUCAACCAUUAAGAAUAAGUAUAUUUUACGAUCACUCUGUAUAUAGGUUAGAGCCGGAGAAGUUUGAUAUGAUAAAUAACACAAUACUUCCUGAAGCUGUGAAGUUUUGGGAGAAAGCAUUAAGAGUAAGAAAAACUGGUGGACCCAUCAAAUUAAAUAGUAGCUCAACCCUGCUUCACAAGGAUGCAAUAGUCAAAAAAAGUCGUAAUUUAUAA